CAUGAAAAAAGGUAGUAAAUAAGAAAAACUGUGUAAAAAUGUAAAGGUAAUCGUUUUUACUCAUAAUAAUCUUUUGGCUGUUUCUUAACUGUCAAUUGCUAUCUUGUGAGAUCUUUAAAGGUCUAGACGACAUUGACUAAAGUUUCAAAAUUUAAAAAAACUCAGAUACUCAUUUAGAAGUUGGAAGUCCUAUUAAUACCUAAACUAUAUAUUUAGUGAAAACAUGCACUCUAUAAGUUCUGGGGUAUCCGACUGGUCUUCAGGCUCGGAAACUAAAAGUUCAGAUUGCAGUGACCUGGAUGGAAGCGACCCUUAUGGUGGAUUUGAGGCUAGCAGUAGUAAGUCAUCUAUCGUAACUAGUGACGUGCUUUUGGAGCAUAACAAGUUACCUGUCGGUUGGGAAGAGCGUAUUGCGCCCAUCACUAAGGAGAGCUAUUUCUAUGACACAAAUACGCAAAAGGUGUAUUUUAGAUUGCCUUCGAGUGCCUACAAACUAGCCUCUAAAGACUGGAGUAGCAAUUUCGGAGAACGCAGUGAGUGCAAUUAUGGAUGCAUACUGCGAUGCAGACACAUAUUAGUAAAGCACAAUGAAUCUGAUACAUGUAGCUCAUACCGCACGGGAUUUGUAAAGUUAACUAAAACAGAAGCUUUAGAGAGAAUUUCGCACGCGAGGUAUCAAAUAACAACCGGCAAAUUUCAGUUUGCUAACCUGGCUAAAGCGAUCUCCGACUGCUGCUCUGCCCGACACGGCGGUGACUUGGGCCCCUUUAAGCUUACACAAACGGGCUCGGUUUUCGAGAAACAAGUGUUGCGCUUGAAUAUCAAUGAGCUCUCAGAUAUUUUUGAGUCAAGAGCAGGAUAUCACAUUUUGUUGAGAACGCCGGUAAAAAAAGAGGAAAAGCCCAGGCGACCUCGAAAACAAAGCUAUGACUCCGAAAAAAACAAUUUAAAAAUUCAUGAAAAGGAAACCGAGACCACCUCUAAGGACAGUUUAGAAUCUGACAUAUGCAACUUUCUUCGAAAAAGUCAAAGAAAUCGAGAUUCGGAAUGUGAGUACAGUCGUCCCAGUAUUGAUAUGUCUUUGUGGUCCCAUGAGGUGAAAAGCGAAUUGAGAAUUUACUCUCAACAGCAGCAUAAAAUCAAAAAGAAAAUAUUCAUGAAAAAGUUUGAUGUGUCUAUGUGCAUGGAAAAUUGUGACAACCUUAUAUACGUGGAUGCACUCGGAAGCAGUGUUAUGAAACUUUGAAGUAAAAAAUUAUAAAUUAUGAGUCAAAAUUAAGUUAUCUUAACUCACAAAGCAUUUUUAACGAAUAAAUUUACCACUUAUCAAAUGA